UUGUGCUGGGAGCUACACUUGGGGGACACCUGACUUCCUGGCAGUCAUUACACAUGACAGCUGAACAAAAAUGUGGUCCUCGUAUCUGUAGAACUCAAACAUCUCCCUUCUCAGGUGUUGGCAUUCCUCCAAAUAAGCCAGGUACCACACCCGAUGACGCUUUGCAAAGGCUUCAUUUAGGCGAACAAGCAGGACAACAUACCUGCAGUGCCACACUGUAUAACGUCCCUGCUCACGUGACCCAACACACAAAUCAAGAAAAAAACAAACCAUUAAUAAUAGGGCUUCUUCAGCAGCUGCCAACAUGCAAGACAACGAGCCUCCUUCCUGAGACGCGGUUCAUGUCACUUUGCCGUCAUGGACGUCGAGAUGUUGGAGGCGCCCACCGAGAAAACAGCCACAGAAGGCGGACUCAAGCCGAGUCCGGAGGCCGGGGAGAGCUCCGGAACCAAGGGCUCCAGUUCCUACGAGCUUCCCUGGGUGGAGAAGUACAGGCCGCUGAAGCUGAACGAGAUUGUGGGCAACGAAGACACUGUUAGCCGCCUGGAGGUGUUUGCCAGGGAGGGAAACGUCCCAAAUAUCAUCAUAGCAGGUCCCCCUGGAACCGGAAAGACCACCAGCAUCCUAUGUUUGGCUCGAGCACUGCUGGGGGCUUCCAUGAAGGACGCCGUGCUGGAGCUCAACGCCUCAAACGAGAGGGGAAUCGACGUGGUGAGGAACAAGAUCAAGAUGUUUGCUCAGCAGAAAGUCACGCUACCCAAAGGACGACACAAGGUCAUCAUCCUGGAUGAAGCAGACAGCAUGACAGACGGAGCUCAGCAGGCGCUCCGGAGGAUCAUGGAAAUCUACUCCAAGACGACCCGCUUCGCCCUGGCCUGCAACGCCUCGGACAAAAUCAUCGAGCCCAUCCAGUCGCGAUGUGCCGUGCUGCGCUACUCCAAGCUGACGGACGGCCAGAUCCUGGCCCGGCUGCAGGACGUGGUGGAGAAAGAGCGUCUGUCCGUGUCGGAUGACGGCCUGGAGGCCAUCAUCUUCACGGCACAGGGGGACAUGCGACAGGCUCUCAACAACUUGCAGUCCACCAACUCGGGCUUCGGCUACGUCAACAGCGAGAACGUGUUCAAGGUGUGCGACGAGCCGCACCCACUGCUGGUGAAAGGCAUGCUGGGACACUGUGUGGACGGCAACGUGGACGAGGCGUACCGGGUGGUGGAGCAGCUGUGGGCGCUGGGCUACUCGCCGGUGGACAUCAUCGGGAACAUCUUCAGGGUGUGCAAGACCUUCCAGAUGGCCGAGUACCUCAAGCUGGAGUUCAUCAAGGAGAUCGGGUACACGCACAUGCGCGUGACGGAAGGCGUCAACUCGCUACUGCAGAUGGCGGGACUGGUGGCUCGACUCUGCAGUAAGACCACGCCCCCUGCGGCCUGCUGACCUCACUCCAGGUGCUUGUAAUCAACCAUGUAGUUGUUUUGUGUUGGAGGACAGGCUUGACUUGCCUUUUUAAAAUGCAAAUAGGCUCCAUGCAAAUAAAUAUGCUGCUUCACAUAACAAGCCUUUAUUUCAGUACAAAGGAACGUCCAGCAAGUACAAAUCUCAAAUGUCGAAAUGUUGCUUUACACUUGGGAAGAGAGAAGAACUGGUUUUAAAGCCCUCAGUCCACUAAACUUGUGUGGCUUUUCCAAAAAAAAAAAAUACUUCCAUACUCCACUAGGGGGCAACCUCAUGCCGCAAUUCACAAAAA